CUUACCUUUUCUCACUCCUUCCCCUUCAAGCCAACGACUGCCAAUAUGCGCCUAGUCACCAGCUCUACUGUGCGGUUCUUCUUCAUCUUGCUGUCUGCACCAGUGUUGGUGUUUUCAGCCCUCACGAUCACUAUCCCCUCCUCGAAUCUGCUCCCCAAUCCUCACGCUCUUCCCGCUGGAUCUCAUGCGACUCUGACCACGCUGCCAUCCUCACCCUCGCCCUCUCAACUCAUCGCAUCCCUCACCCGCUCCGCGACCUUUGUCUUCGCCGAGCUCCCAACCCAAUUGAAAGCCCAGUCCUAUCUGCUUGACAUUCGCUCCUCCGACUUCAUCUUUGCUCCAUACCGCGUCGAUGUUGCAACCGAUGGCAGCAUUCUCGGCAUCUGGGAGACUUUCCGAGCCAAUCCUUGGGACAACCGUGGCCCGGAGAAGUACAUUCUCGACGCCACUAUUGCUGCCGAGCAGAGUGGAGGGCACUCCAUCAUGGCCACCCCUGACGUGACCAUUGAGGCCCGAGUUUUGGCAAGAAGAAACUUUUACGAGGAACGCCCCCGCUUCUCACCUCUAUCGCUAUUCAAGAAUCCUAUGAUCCUACUAGCUUUAGUUGCUCUGGGGUUUACCUUCGGCAUGCCAAAGUUGAUGGAGAACAUGGAUCCUGAGAUGCGUGCCGAAUUCGAGAAACAAUCUCGCUCCUCCCCGAUUACGGGCGCAACACGCAACGCCAUGACCGGCGGUGCGGCGUCCGGCAAAUUCGAUUUGGCGGGAUGGAUGGCCGGGGCCACUCCCAGGCCCGCACCUGGCACUGAAGGGGUUGCUGCAUCGGGCAGGGAUACAGGGGUUGCAUCGCGUAGAAGGGGUUAGGUGGGAAAGUCCUGCAGUGUGAGGUGUGGAAAGGCUGGUUUGAAAGAACGCAACGAGCGUAUCUGACUGUGAACCUUUUGUCCGGUGAAUAUGUACUCAUCCUCGUGUCAAUUGACCUG